AUGAUUUUACUAGAUUACCACAACGUCAUUAUUAAAAACACUUUAGAGUCAAGACUCAAAAAUGAAAAGUUUGACCCCAUUGACAUGACGGUUGCUGACUUUGAUGGCGUCACAUACCACAUUUCAACACCUGAAACCAAGACAGUCGUUCAUAUCUCGCUCGCCUGGGCUUGUUCUCGUGAAUUAUUUUCAUAUGGUGCCAAGGAUAUCUUGAAACGCGAGUAUGGAGAUUACCUCUUGGAUACACCCGAACAAGGCUUUGAUAUCACGCUUGCUCUUGAUUUAGAAAAGAUGGUUUCUGCAGAACAAGAUGCCAGAGAUGAACUCAUUCGAAAAGUCAGUCUGUUAAAACGCAACCUGUUAGCUGCACCUUUUGAAAGAGCGUUUGCUGAGCAAGAACAGUGCGAAAAGGAAGGAAAGACGGAAUGCAACUCAGAAUUGAUGACAGUUCAUUAUCGUGAAGAGGAAGCAAUCUAUGUAAAGUCCAAUUUUGACCGUAUUACUGUCAUCUUUAGCACAACCUUUAAAGAUGAAACAGAUAAAAUCUUUGGCAAAGUGUUCCUACAAGAAUUUGUGGAUGCACGUCGACGAGUACCUGUUUUACAGAAUGCACCUCAAGUGCUUUAUUCUAUUCGUGAACCACCUAUGGAACUUCGUCAUUUGAAUUUGAAAGAUAGUGAUGAUAUCAGCUAUGUUACCUUUGUCCUCUUCCCUAACCAUUUUACCGCGGGUGAUGUUCGUGAAGAGACUAUCUCACGUAUUCAAAUCUUCCGUGACUAUCUUCAUUAUCACAUCAAGUGUUCCAAAGCCUAUAUGCAUACACGUAUGAGAGCUCGUGUUCGUGACUUUUUGAAAGUAUUGAACCGAGCUAAACCUCAGGUGAUGAAUGCAGAAAAGAAGACAGCCAGUGGAAGAACCUUCCGUCGAUCCUAA